AUGAUUCGAUCGGCAAGUCGUACCAUUCGCUCUCUUCGCAACCCCAAGCUUAACCCAUCAUCAUCAUGCCUCCUCGUGUUGAGUGAGAAGAAGAAUGUUCAAAUUUCGGGAGGAGUGAUGAAUCCCAUGUUGAACAUUACCUAUCAUAAUAAUUCAUCAAUUUAUCGUUCCUUCUCCACUUGUACCUUCUUGCAAUCACCAUCAACAAUUUCCUAUCCAACCAAUUUGCAAAAUAUUCUCUUUGAAAAGAGAGAGAAUGGUGUUGCUAUUAUUACACUCAAUAGACCAAGCCAAUUGAAUGCUUUAUGUAAACAACUCGUUCAAGAAUUAGCCCAAGUGGUUUCCUUGUGUGAGAAAGAUUCAUCGGUCCGUGUCAUGAUCAUCACUGGAAGUAAGAAGGCCUUUGCUGCUGGAGCUGAUAUUAAAGAAAUGAGCACAAUGACCUCCAUGCAAGUGUAUCAAGAGAAUCUCUUUGGAGAGCUCGAAGUGGUUGCCAAAGCAAGAAAGCCAAUCAUUGCUGCUGUGAAUGGUUAUGCUUUGGGUGGAGGUUGUGAAUUGGCCAUGAUGUGCGAUUUCAUUAUUGCUGGAGACAGUGCCAAGUUUGGUCAACCAGAAAUUAAACUCGGUACAAUUCCUGGUAUUGGUGGUACUCAAAGACUCACCAAAGCAAUUGGAAAGGCCAAAGCUAUGGAAUGGAAUUUGACUGGUGAAUUGUAUGGAGCUGAAGAGGCAGAGAAGGCUGGUUUGGUUUCUCGUAUUGUCAAAAGUGAUCAAUUGCUCGAGGAAACUAUCAAGAUUGCAGAUAAGAUUGCAUCCUUCUCUCAACCUAUCGCUCAGUUCGCCAAGGCAUGCGUUCAAAAGGCUCACGAAAUGAGUUUGCAAGAGGGUCUUGAUUAUGAGAGAAAACUUUUUAUGUCCACUUUCUCGACCAAGGACCAAAAGGAAGGUAUGAGUGCAUUCGUCGAAAAGAGACCACCAAAGUUUGUCGAUGAAUAA